UCUCACCACCACCGUGUGUGGACUCCUCUUCUUUCCCAUCUCCGUCUUACUUGUCUUUUCCCCCAACCGCAUCGCAAGCGCUUCGGAUCGGCGACCCGCUCCCCGAAGACGACGACGAGGAAACGAGCAGAGCAAGCAUCAAGCAUCCUGCUGCCGACCGAUCUGAAGCUAUGGUUUGCGUCGCGUGCCUGCUGCCCCUCUUCUUGAUCCCGGUGGUCAACGCCCUCCCCUACCUCUUCGACCUCAUCCUCAGCAAGGUGUAUCGGCUGCUCGGAUGGGAAUACAGGAGACCUGAAAGAGCCCCACCUGCCUGUCCUUACAAACCUGCAGCUAAGAAGAACGAUGAAGGCGCGAGUGAAUCAAAACCCCUAGGUCAACCCCAGGGUGCUGCUGCAGAUGAUAAAAAGGAGGAAUAACGCGUGUAAUUCACUCUGGUUCAUGUUAACUGAUGCUGCCUUGAACAGAAGCAUCCCUCAACAUUUCAUGUCUAAGAAUAAUUGUCGUGACUACUAUAUAUAUAUAUUAUAUUUGGGUUGACGAAUGUACUUGUAA